CUGGACACUUUGAGCGAGCAUCUAUGCGUUCCACAACUUUAGUAUACAAGGCCAGGAGACAGUAGGCAUGAACCUGCACUAACUUGGCAGGCAAAACCUGCAUUAACCUGAUCAAUUGCGCUGUGACCUAAGACACUAUGGCGAGUAACAUUUUUAAGGAGCUUGAGAAGGGUAGCCUUCCAGGUUUAAAGCGCUGCAUCUCCCUCUUCCCCUCAUCAGUUCAUACAAAAAACUCGGCGGGCUCCACUCCCCUCCAUAUUGCCGCCGCCUUGGGGCUAUCGGUCUUCGUAAAGGAGCUGCUGGUUCAUGGCGCCUCACAUGAUGCACCUGACGGUCAGGGGAAUCUUCCCUUGCACCUUGCGGCAGAGCAGGGCUCUGUUGACAGCGUGGCCGAGCUGCUCACCGGCCCAGGCCGCAAGCUGGUCAUGAAAGCAAAAAAUAGGGAUGGCCAGACGCCGCUGCACCUGGCAGUGCGGAAUGGACACUUGGCUGCGGCGGCGAAGCUGCUGGAUGCCGGUGCACGAACGGACGCAAAGGAUAAGGCGGGCAACACCCCACUGGACCUGGCUCCCCAGGACGAUGAGGACAUGCUCCAGCUCCUGCUGACAACCCACCCGAGCAGCACCGCCGCUUCCAACCUCGCCCCCAGCAACAGCUUCACGUUGGGCAGCUCAUCCGGCGGCGCAGGCAUGCGCACCAGCACUGACAACAUGCCGCCCGCCGAUUACCGCCCGUCAUCCGCUUCCAAGACGCCCAACGGCUCGUCUGGCGGCUCACUCACCAGUCGCGGUAACCCCCUCAUCACGCCGCCGGCUUCCGCUCGAGGCGGCGUUGGCUCGGGUUCCGGAGCUCCCAACAGCGCUCGCAUGCCGCCGAUGCCCUCUUCCGGCGCUGGCUCUAUGAGCAGUCGCCUUCCCCGCAGCAUGAGCAGCGUGGGGCCGUCAGGCACGCCAACGACUUCCACGAUGUCGGCUGGAGGCGCGGGCCCGGGUGUGUCGCCGCCGCCUCGCAGUUAUAACAGCGUGCCGGCUGCGGUCUCUCCCGGUGUGAGCACUCCCGGUCCGGUGCCGGUGGUGAUGACUCCCAGCGGCAUGCCGCUCACAGGCACGACGGUCAGUGUGCAGCUUCAGAAGCACGAGGUAGCCAUCCAGGCGCUCCAAUCAGACAUGCGGGCUGCCACGGAGCGCCUGGGUACGGUGGAUGCUGUUGCGAGUGCGCAGCUGGAGUGCGCUGCCCAGGUUGAGAAGGCGCUGUCCGCGUGCGGCAGCCACGGCAGGUCGCUGUCAGACCUGGAGGCGCGCAUGUCGUUUCAGGAGGAGCGGAACAGAGAUGCGCGGGGUCGCGUGGAGAGGCUGGAGGAGGGAGAGCGCGUGCUGCAGGAUUCCGUGUCUCGUCUGUCAGCGGACACCCGGGGCCUCUCCUCGCAGCUGCGGGAGCUGUCGGAGCAGGUGGCGUCGGGCGGCGGCGGAGGAGCACCGGGUUCGGCGCGCGGGGCCAGCGUGGAUGCCGCUAGCAGUCAGCUACAGCGGCAGCUCCAGUCCGAGGUGGCGGCACUGCGGUCGCAGGUGGAGCAGCUCUCGCCCGCACUGGUGGUCGCCACCGCUGCCAGUGCGGAGGCAAGAGCGCUGGCCGCCCGGUUCGAUGCGGUGCAGCAGCAGGUGGCGGCACAGCAGCAGCAGCAGCACACGGGGGGAGGCGUGGUGGUUGAGCAGCAGGUGCUGCAGCUGCAGGCGCAGGUCCAGCUGCUUCAGCUCCCAGUGGCCACCCUCACCCAGCAGUGCGCCGAUCUGUCCUCCCGACUGUCGGGUCUCAUGGAGUGGCAGCAGCACGCGCGUGCGGAAAUGGCUCGGCUGGCGGAGGCCGCGGCAGCUGCUGCCGGCGGGAAUCCGGCGGGCAGCGGUGCGGGUGGUGUGCUAGGGGGCGGCGAGCUAUCUGAAACCAUGAUUGGUGUGCUUGAGACCACCACCCGAACCAUGGCCGAACUACGACAGCAACAGGAAACCAUGGCCAAGCAGAUUGCUGCACUCCAACAACAGCAGCAACAGCAACAACAGCUUGGAGGCGCGCUGGCGUCCCCGAUGCCAUCCGGCCCCCCGCCCCUUCCGGUCACCCCCAACGGUCCGAACCAGCGUCUGGGCAGCUUGGGUGGCGAGGGAGCGCUAAGCAACCCGCCCUCCCGCAAUCUCGGCAGUGUGCAGAGCCUGGGAACAAUGGCUAGGGAGGCGACUGUACAAGCAGAGCUGCGAGCUGAGGUAGAGGCACUCAAGUCGCAACUCGCGGACGUGCGGAAGGAGGUGGCCAGCGAGGGCGGCAGCCUGCGUCGCGAGUGGCAGCGCGCCUUCAGUGACAUGCAGUCCCGCUACGGCGAGCAAGCGAACGAGCUGAGAGCGCGGGAGCAGAACAUUGCAAAGCUCAGGGAGGCGGCGCUGGUGGAGGAGGCCGAGCGGCGCGCCGCGAUUGGCUUCGAAGACAAGGUCGCAACUCGGCUUGGCAAGUUGGAGACCGGCAUUGAAUACCUCACGCACCGAAUGGAGGUACUCGAAGAGCAGAUGGGCGGCAUGGCCGCCUCCUUCGUCACUGUCAACAGCCCUUCCGGGGCCAUGUCGCCCCCCCGCGCCGUCCCCGCCGCCGCAGCAGCAGCAGCCACGACAACAUCAGCGGCAGCAGCAGCAACGGCGGCGGCGGCGGCAGCACCCGAUCAGGGGCUCGUCUGGCAUCCCAGCCCGCAAACCGCCACACCAGGCACCUCCGGGCCGGGGCCUGUUUCUGAGAACCUUAGCCACUUCUCGCCUGCAGACACACAGCUCACGGCGGCUGUUGUCAACGCCGCAGCAUCCUCACUUGUGGCUGCAGCAGGCACCACCAUGCAGUCCAUUAAGCACACUGCUGGGAACUGUACGACGUUGCUGGCGCCGAGCGUACCUGUUGUGGCAGCCGGUGGCAACAUUGUAUGUGGUCGUGCGUCCGGUGAGACGUACCCUGUUACUGCAGCUGCCCCCAGGCAAGUCGCAUCGCAGCACCUAGCAGCUACCCAGGAUGAGUGGUGGCGAGCAGCCGAUGCUGCUCCUGAAAUGUCGCCAUCGCGACCCACGGGUCAUCUGCCGGCCCCAGAAGCCGUACCAAGCCCGUCGCAGCCAACACCCCGAGCAACCGGAGCCCUGGCUUCUCCCAACACCGCUGCUGCGCUCAUGUCUGGUGCUGCCCUGCCCGCAUCUGCAAGGGGUAGCCCCAUGCCUGGUACGAGCUUGCCGGUCCCGGGUGGCUGGGAGCUCUCCAACCCCGCCUCUCCGCGUCAGCAGCUGCUGAGAGAGCUCAUGCCCACUCCCUGGGAGCAGCAACCCCUUGGCAGCAGCACCACCACCGCCGAGCCCCACGCACCCACCACAACCACCACCAGCCCUGGCCCAUCUGGCCCUCCUGGCAUGAUGCAUGCGCAGAACUGGCAGUCCCCUGUGUCCUCACAAGCGGCCCACGCUCCUGCAAACGCCAAUGCAAUGUCACCGGGAGCAGUGAGCCUGGUAGCAGCAGCCGCAGCAGCCACGGCGGCUACGUUGACUCCACACCGGGGAUCUCCCUUGCACCAGCCGGGCGCUGGCGGCACCACGAACAACACGCUGCUUUCGGGUGCCCCGCGGGACUUGCUGGCGCCCAGUAUGGACGUACAGCGGUUGGCGGCUGCGAUGGCGGUAGAACAGCAGCAACAGCAGUCGCCAUUGUUGCUCCAGCAGCAGCAACAGCAGCAGCAACAGCAGCAGCAAGGAUACCCGCAGCAAGAGCAGCAGCAGCAUGGACACCACCGUGUAUCCUACUUGGGGCAGCAGGAAACGCUGGCAACGCAGUCCUACCAAACCCACCAUCAACAACAGCAGCAGCAGCAGGUGCUGCAGCCGCAGCUUGGGCUAAACAGCAGCGCUGUGGGGACGGUGGUGCAGCAGCAGCAACAACAGAACCUGGUCUCCAGCUUGGCGGCUCCUGGUGGUCAGGCCACUGGUACGGCAUCCGCUAGGAACAACACGGUUGCUGCUCAUGAGACCUCUGCCGGGCGCAAGAAGAGCAAGACCAAGGAGCCGCCAAUGUGCGUUUAUUGCUCGGUGCAGUAGUGUGAGGGGGGCAUGACGCGGAUCUUGUAAAUGUGCCCGCCCCUAACGUGCUCAUGUUAUUAUUGCGAUUGAGUUGUACCAGGCUUUGCGUGCACGUGAGCGCCCUGCGAUAACAGUGUUUUCCUGUCCCGGUGCUGGUCAUAACAGCUCGCAGAGGGUGCAUAUAACGUAUACCCUUCGCCGUUGCAAGGGGUUGUACCUUCACUGCCUAAACGUUAUGCGGGUUUUCGCGAGAGGGGGGGAUAAUUGUAAGGCGACUGGGCGGGGACAACGGUGGCAAGGCAAGGCUCGUGUCAGGAACAGUGUUCGGCGAGGCGAGAGUAAUUGCGGCAGUUGGGAGCGAAAUGGAGAGCCAGUGGUAGGAGUUCAUGGGAGGGCCGACACCCUUGGCAGUACUGGGCUGGGUUGUCCUAAUCGCUUUCCUUUUGGCGUUUUGGGUUGGAAUGCUGGUUGCUUGAGGCGCUCGUGUCCGUGGUUGCAGGAUGACGCCCCUGGCCUAGCAACGCUGUAGACUAGGGACAGAGAGCUCAGUUGUUUUUCCGUGUGGGGGCGUGUCGGGAUUCCGUGCGUGAUUGUCGUCGUGAUAGCAGGGCGUCGCUUUCCGCUUCUUAGUUCUUAUGCAUGGUAGGCGGGUUACAUUGGCUGGUGUGCGCCAAAUUCUCCGAUUUCAUACGCACCGCUUGCGGGUAGUAAGGGAAUUAGACGACCGUAUCCAUGUGGUUUGUCGACCAAACGUUGUCUAGGGCUAUGGUCUGCCGUUAGUAACGGCAUUAUAGUCUUGCCGUGCAUGUUGCUUGUUGACGCCCGUGUCCGUGUCAGUUCAGUUGAUGUGCUGUCGGUCUUGGUUCGUGCACGUUUGAGACGACAUUGCGCCUUCGUACGUGCUUGCCUGCGACAUGAGGGGUGUGCGAGUCAUAGCCCAUAGCUUCGGCUACUCAUUAUACCACCUCAUUGUAAACUGGGAUAACAUCUACUCUGUCUAUAAUUGCAUCGCUUCACGUUUUGCCGUCUCUGGAUGAGGAUGGUUGACGACCAAAGUGUCGCAGUCAGUGCAUCUUCGCUGUCUGUGGAUAUUCUGGCAACCAUAUUCGGCCAUCUUAGCUCACAUGCGCGGCGCGUUAUUGUCCCUUUGGUCUGUAAGGAAUGGAAUCGCGCCGUGUCGCCUCGGACUGGGACGUUGGCCCUUUGGGAGAAUGUCGAGAUCCAACACGACUCUAGUCUGGAGCGCAAUGCAGAUGUCCUCGUCGCUAGCAGCGAUUCGGUUGCCCAACCACAGCAGCAGCAGGUUCGGUCCAUCCGUCAAUGGCUAUGGGAACGCCGCAACAGGAUGACAGCGAUGGAUGUAGACCUAUACGGCUCCGUCGAGCUAAGCAACACGAAGCCUGCUUUCGUUCUAGCGUCUUGGGCUCAUGCCUUCGGUCAUGCUCUCCCUGCGCUAGGACCGACAGCCAAGCUCAACCGGCUUACACUUCAUGGCCCUGGCGUCAUUCCAUCCAACACUGCCGGGCCCCAUCCAGGACUCUCCUCCUUCCACAACGCAGCAGCUGAAGCAGCCGGCAUCGUGCUGUUAGGCACCUUCUCACUUCCCUCCUUGGAAUCCCUUCACGUGUACGACAUUCCAUGGGCAGCCUCAUUGCACCUUGCAACCAAACCACCCGCUGCAAUUGCCACAGCCAUGGCCUCCGCCGUCGCCGCCGCCGCCGCUGGCUUCGGAUUCCCGCCGUCGCCUCCGCCAACAGCCUGUCCCAGCUCGCAUCACCUCAACCUGGCUAACCUCCGAGAGCUUGUCAUUAACCGCUGCUUCUUCUUCCGCGCCGCCGCUGCCGCCGGCGCUAACGCUGACGCUGAUGCCGAGGAGGG